CUGUAUAAGAUGAGGAUCUGGGGGUGAUCAGCUCUGUACAUGGUGUAUAAGGAGGGGAUCACCUCUGUACAUGGUGUAUAAGGAGGUGAUCAGCUCUGUACAUGCUGCAUAAGAUGGGGAUCUCGGGGUGAUCAGCUCUGUACAUGGUGUAAAGAUGGGGAUCAGGGGUUGAUCAGCUUUGCACUUGGUGUAUAAGAUGGGGAUCAGGGGUUGAUCAGCUUUGCACUUGGUGUAUAAGAUGGGGAUCAGGGGGUGAUCAGCUCUGCACAUGCUGUAUAAGAUGGGGGAUCAGGGGGUGAUCACCUCUGUACAUGGUGUAUAAGGAGGGGACCACCUCUGUGCAUGCUGUAUAAGAUGGGGAUCAGGGGGUGAUCAGCUCUGUACAUGGUGUAUAAGGAGGGGAUCACCUCUGUGCAUGCUGUAUAAGGAGGGGAUCAGCUCUGUACAUGGUGUAUAAGGAGGUGAUCAGCUUUGUACAUGCUGUAUAAGGAGCGGAUCAGCUCUGCACAUGCUGUAUACGAUGGGGAUCAGCUCUGUACAUGGUGUAUAAGAUGGGGAUCAGGGGUUGAUCAGCUUUGCACUUGGUGUAUAAGAUGGGAUCAGGAGGUGAUCAGCUUUGCACUUGGUGUAUAAGAUGGAGAUUGGGGUGAUCAGCUCUGCACAUGCUGUAUAAGAUGGGGCAUCAGGGGGUGAUCAGCUCUGUACAUGGUGUAUCAGGAGGGGAUCACCUCUGUGCAUGGUGUAUAAGGAGGAGAUCUGGGGGUGAUCAGCUCUGUACAUGGUGUAUAAUGAGGGGAUCACCUCUGUACAUGCUGCAUAAGAUGGGGAUCUCGGGGUGAUCAGCUCUGUACAUGGUGUAUAAGAUGGGGAUCUGGGGGUGAUCACCUCUGUACAUGGUGUAUAAGAUGGGGAGCUGGGGGUGAUCAGCUCUGUACAUGGUGUAUAAGAUGCGGAUCUGGGGGUGCCCAGCUCUGUACAUGGUGUAUAAGAUGAUGGGGAUCUGGGGGGGGAUCAGCUCUGUACAUGGUGUAUAAGAUGCGGAUCUGGGGGGGAUCAGCUCUGUACAUGGUGUAUAAGAUGGGGAUCUGGGGGGGGAUCACCUCUGCACAUGGUGUAUAAGAUGGGGAUCUGGGGGUGAUUAGCUCUGUACAUGAUGUAUAAGGGUUGUGCAGGUAUAACCUGGGCUUGUGAUGCUGAUGACACUGCUGCCCGUCGCUCCCCUGUGGCUGUGAUGUCAGUGCCCUAGGCUCGGCCUCCCAGUAUCUGCUGGCGUCUCCUCCCCUCGUCCACUGCUGCCAGUGCCUAGUGGAGCUUCCACACGGUGCAGUACCAUGGACAGAGAGCCCUCCGCCAGCGCCCUGCACCUGGAAGCGUCCCCCUGCCCGUAGUCUCCUCCACUCUGCCGCCCAGAAGGAUGUAAGAGCCCGAUCUGCUGCCAGCUGAGAAGGACGUUGCACGGCUGGGCCCCAGGAUGCUGCUCCGGGGCCCUUCACCAUAGUUCACCCUGAUCAGAGCCGGGAGAUCACACCCGCCGCUGCCCUCUGUGUCCCGGACCAUGUGGGUUAAUCCGGAGGAAGUGCUGCUGGCGAACGCCCUGUGGAUCACCGAGCGGGCCAAUCCUUACUUCAUACUGCAGAGGAGGAAGGGGCAUGGGACCAGAGGAGGAGGGGGGCUGGCAGGUUUGCUGGUUGGGACCCUGGAUGUUGUAUUGGAUUCCAGCGCCAGGGUAGCACCUUACCGCAUCCUUUAUCAGACCCCGGACUCCCUUACAUACUGGACCAUUGCUUGUGGAGGCUCUCGAAGGGAGGUAACUGAACAUUGGGAAUGGCUAGAGAUCAACCUGCUUCAGACGCUUUCCAUUUUUGAAAAUGAAAAUGACAUUACUACGUUCGUCAAAGGAAAAAUCCAGGGUAUCAUUGCAGAGUAUAAUAAAAUCAAUGGCGUAAAAGAUGAUGAUGAUACAGAUAAGUUUAAGGAAGCCAUAGUGAAGUUCCACAAGCUAUUUGGCAUGCCAGAAGAAGAGAAGUUGGUGAACUACUACUCAUGCAGUUACUGGAAGGGCAGAGUUCCCCGACAAGGAUGGAUGUACCUAAGCAUCAACCACCUCUGUUUCUACUCCUUCCUAUUAGGAAAAGAAGCCAAGCUGGUGAUCCGAUGGGUUGACAUAACACAACUGGAAAAGAUGGCUACCUUACUUCUCCCAGACAUGAUUAAAGUCAGCACUCGCUCUAGUGAACAUUUCUUCUCUGUUUUUCUGAACAUCUCUGAGACUUUUAAAUUGAUGGAGCAGCUUGCCAACAUAGCUAUGAGGCAACUCCUGGAUAAUGAAGGGUUUGAGCAGGACCGAUCCCUUCCCAAAUUAAAAAAGAAAUCCCCCAAAAAAGUAUCUACCUUAAAGAGAGAUUUAGAUGCUCGAGCCAAGAGUGAACGGUAUCGCGCUCUCUUCCGUCUUCCGAAGGAUGAAAAGUUGGAUGGACAUACAGCCUGCACUUUGUGGACCCCCUUCAGUAAACUGCAUAUUGUGGGGCAAAUGUUUGUUUCCACAAAUUACAUUUGCUUCACCAGUAAAGAAGAGAAUCUGUGCAGUCUGAUCAUCCCGCUGAGAGAGGUGACCAUUGUAGAGAAGGCUGACAGCUCCAGUGUCCUGCCCAGCCCGCUGUCUAUCAGCACCAAGAACAGAAUGACAUUUCUCUUUGCCAAUUUGAAGGACAGAGACUUUCUUGUGCAGAGAAUAUCGGAUUUCCUGCAGCAGACUACCUUGAAAAUGUACUUUGACAAGGAUAUUUCUGGCAGCGACAGCAGCAUAGAGGAGGAGGCUGACUCCAGGGCCACUGGUUUUGUUUCCUGCAGUCCUCAUCAAAGACUAAGAAUGGAAGCAGAUAGAGACCGACACAUAAACCUAAAUGGAAACAGCGCUCCAACAGCAACACAAACUUUAAUGACCAUGUAUCGUAGGAGGUCCCCCGAGGAAUUCAACCCUAAAUUGGCCAAAGAGUUUCUUAAGGAGCAAGCUUGGAAGAUUCAUUUUGCAGAAUAUGGGCAAGGUAUUUGUAUGUACCGCACACAGAAAACAAGAGACCUGGUACUGAAAGGCAUCCCAGAGAGAAUGCGAGGAGAGCUGUGGCUGCUGUUCUCUGGGGCUAUUAAUGAGAUGGCGACACACCCAGGUUAUUAUGAGGAACUGGUUGAGAAAUCUAUGGGUCAAUACAACCUUGCCACAGAGGAGAUUGAAAGGGAUUUGCAUCGUUCCCUUCCCGAGCAUCCUGCAUUCCAAAAUGAAAUUGGAAUUUCUGCCUUGAGGAGAGUCCUCACUGCUUAUGCUUUUAGAAAUCCAAACAUUGGGUAUUGUCAGGCCAUGAAUAUCGUUACCUCAGUACUGCUUUUGUAUGCCAAAGAGGAAGAAGCCUUCUGGUUGCUCGUGGCUCUCUGUGAACGUAUGCUUCCUGACUACUACAAUACCAGGGUUGUUGGAGCUCUUGUGGAUCAAGGAGUGUUUGAAGAGUUGGCCCACGAUUACGUGCCUCAGCUUUAUGACUGUAUGCAGGACUUGGGGGUGAUUUCCACCAUCUCGCUCUCUUGGUUUCUCACUCUUUUCCUCAGCGUCAUGCCCUUUGAAAGUGCUGUGGUGGUUGUGGAUUGUUUCUUCUAUGAAGGCAUCAAGGUCAUAUUUCAGCUUGCACUUGCUGUAUUGGAGGCCAAUGUCGACAAGCUCCUGAACUGUAAAGAUGAUGGGGAAGCUAUGACGGUACUUGGAAGGUAUCUAGAUAGCGUGAGUAACAAAGACAGCACGUUACCUCCAAUUCCUCAUUUGCAUUCCCUGCUCACUGAUGAUGUGGAGCCAUACCCGGAAGUGGACAUUUUUGCUCUCAUUGCCUCCUCUUAUCAGAAAUUUGGCUCUAUACGGGCAGAUCUGAUAGAACAAAUGAGAUUUAAGCAGAGGUUAAAAGUAAUACAGACCCUUGAGGACACCACAAAGCGAAAUGUGGUCCGCACUAUUGUGACUGACACAGCAUUUACUGUUGAUGAGCUGGAAGAGUUGUAUGCACUUUUCAAGGCUGAGCACCUGACCAGCUGCUACUGGGGAGGUACCAGCAGUUCUAUAGAACGCCAUGACCCAUCCUUGCCCUAUCUUGAGCAGUACCGCAUAGACUUCCAGCAGUUCAAGAGCAUGUUUGUCCUACUUUUUCCAUGGGCAUGUGGUGCACACAUGGAUAUCAUGGCUUUCCGAGUCUUUCAGCUUCUGGAUGAAAAUGGCGAUGGUUUAAUAAACUUCCGGGAGUUCGUGUCGGGGUUAAGUGCAGCCUGCCAUGGUGACCUCACAGAAAAACUGAAGCUGUUGUACAGAAUGCACAUCUUGCCUGACCUGUCACCAGACCAAGAAGAACCAGAUUCUGCAUUUGAGGCCACACAAUACUUCUUUGAAGACAUCGCACCUGAGUGUAGUCAUGUUGCUUCAAUUGAGUUGAGAAGCAAGAAAAGGACAGAAGAAGGCUUUGUUGGCGUCAGUCUUAAACCAGCUAAAGUUCAUAAAACAAGUCAAGAUAACCGAAAUUACCUCCGGAUAUGGGCACAGGAAAACCGGCCUAAGGAAAAAGAUGCGAAAGAAUUACCCAAGUUAAACCAGGGGCAGUUUAUUGAGUUGUGUAAGACCAUGUACAAUAUGUUUAGCGAAGAUCCAAGAGAGCAAGAACUCUACCAUGCAACCGCAGCAGUUACCAGCUUACUGCUUGAGAUUGGUGAGGUGGGAAAAUUUCUCUCUCUGCAGCCUCCAGAAGAAACUGCCAGCCACAGCAGCAAGGAAACUCCAAGGAUGGUCCAUGAAAAGAAGCCUGUCCAAACAUACCAGUAUGAGCAAUCAGGAGAUUUUUCCACCAACUUUGUUACCAGUGACAAUACUGAAGAAAUCCACUCUGAUCAAAUGGAGGAGGUCAAGCUUGAGGACUCUUCUCCUAGAGACAAUGGGGCCUGCUCAUCUAUGCUCAUAUCAGAUGAUGAGACAAAAGACGAUGGCUCCAUGUCUUCUUACUCUGUGCUGAGUGCUGGGUCACAUGAAGACGAUAAACUACAAUGUGAGGAUAUUGGUGAUGACACCAUCCUUGUACGGAGUCACCACCAAGCUUCUUUGCCUGUCAGUACUAGUCUAGACCAAGACUGGGCUGUUACAUUUGAGCAGUUCCUUGCUUCUCUCUUGACAGAGCCAGCGCUUGUCAGAUACUUUGAAAAACCAGUGUCCAUAAUGGCUAGAAUAACUAACGCUAAAAAUGUCAGCAUGAUGGGGAAAGCAUUCCCUUCUACAAGUGACUAUGACAUUGCUAUUGUCUCUGGGUGAGGAACACUAAGGUACAGUAGAUGUAAAUAAUGGCUAAAACCGUUCAUUCCUAAUAGGAGAGCAAAAUCAGUUUUAAAGGGGUUGCACAGGAUCUUCUGCCUGAUCGAACAUUGAGAGUGGAGAGAUGCAACUUCACUCUGGGAAGCACAGUUGCUGAGGCAAAAGUCACAAUACUUGCAGGGCAAGGAAAGGUUGAUUUAGUACUGGUCCCAAUCGAGGUACAGUUGUGUCUCUGCCCCAGAUGUCACAUUGGGUAGGAGAGUAUGCCUGCACAACCCUUUUAAAAAUUUUAGUCCAAAAAUGCACAAUUUACAAAUAACCAUCAAAGGAUGAUAUGGAUUUUAACCCAACAUUUUCCCUCAGAUUUAGUCCUUAUAUAGGCAUGAAUACAAAUUAUUUUAAAUAACAAUUUAGGGAUUUUAGACUACAUAAGUGCAUAUUAACCUUACCGGAAAAUAUUACCUUUAUGAGGUGUCCGAUAGGACAAGAGUGUAUUGUACUGUAGAUAAAAAAAAAAUAUGGUAAAAUGCCACAAUAUUGAGUAAAAUACUGCAUCCGUAUUCCUGUAAAUAAGUUAUAUGAACUUGGAUAUAUAUUCAGUCAAUAGGAAUGCAUUGUCACUUCCGUGUCCCAGCCCCCCCCCCCCCCCCCCAACUUGUUUUUGCUGUUCUUUGAGCACCUGCACUUUGAAUUCCUGCUCCUUUUAUAAGUUGAAUUUCCAGUUUUAUUUUCUAUUUUAUCAAUAUGUUAUUUAUAUGCAAUUUAUUUGCUCUCCUCUAGUUAAUACAAUUUUUCAUGCAGAAUUGUAUCUGGUCUAAUGGCCCUACAUAAGACAGAUACUGUAAUUCGGUGCUGGAUCCCUGAGGUUAAGGUUGUUUUGUUGAUGGAUGUAAAGUGCACAAAGUUUCCCACUUAGGCUACUUUCACACUUGCGUUCGGGGUUCCGCUUGUGAGUUCCGUUUGAAGGCUCUCACAAGCGGCCCCGAACGGAUCCUUCCAGCCCUAAUGCAUUCUGAGUGGAUGCGGAUCUGC